UGGUUUUUGUGAGUAUAGUGAAUUGUUGUUGGGGUUGAAUUGGUCAGCAAUGGACUUUUCUCUUUACAUCUCUCUCUCUCUCUUUUCCAUCCCUUUUCCCAGCCCCUUAUAUCCAUCCCCUUCUUCCUCGCGACUCUUCCUCACACUUUCAUUAAGAAAUCAAGACACAUUUCCCUUCUCUGCAUAACAUAGCUACCUAUAGCUUCACCCUCUACUUUCUUCGUUAAUUUAUAACUCUCUCUCUCUCUCUCUCUCUCUCUCUCUAUCUCUCUCUCUCUUACUACUUAAGCAAACUACCCAUCAAUCUUCAAUUGGAGCUUUGGUGUUUCUGAUCAAAACCACUCUCACAUUCAGCCAAUUUUACUUCUUUCAGCUAGCUAGUUCUAUGUUUGUGGCUUCUGAUUGGUUAUUUUCCUUGCUCCUAACAUUCAAAGUGUGAAACUUUGCCUUGAUAUGAUCUAAAUUCUACCUCAAUUUUAAUCCAUCUGCUCAAUACUUGCACUUGUUCAAGUAUAUAGUACUUGAACCAUUUUCUGGUUCACAUUUCUAAAUGGAGAAGAGGAAGAGCAUGGAGUGGGAGCAAAAGACUCUAACCAGUGAGCUAACCCAAGGGAAGGAGCUGGCAAAGCAGCUUAUGAACCAUCUUCACCCUUCUGCAUCCCAAGAAAAAAGAGACGUUCUGAUUUCAAAAAUACUAUUUUCCUAUGAAAGGGCACUCUCACUGCUCAAAAGGGAUGUUGGUUCUGAUGGAGAGUAUAACCACAUCCCCAACAUCAUGUUGGAAUCACCUAGCCCAAUGAGUGAGAUCUCUGACCAAGAUUGCAAGAACAAAAAUGUCUUCAAGAAAAGGAAAACAAUGCCCAGGUGGACUGAAGAAGUGAAGGUUUACUCUGCAACAGGGGUAGAUGGGAGUCUUGAUGAUGGCUACAGUUGGAGAAAAUAUGGCCAAAAGGAUAUCCUUGGAGCUACCUAUCCAAGGGGCUACUACAGAUGCACACAUCGUGGCACGCAGGGUUGUUUAGCCACCAAGCAAGUUCAAAAGGCAGAUGCAGACCCAUCAACCAUAGUGGUAACCUACAGAGGAGAACAUACUUGUAGCCAAGUCCUUCAGUUAGCCAGGUCAUCAGCAUUAUCCCUAGCUAAACAAGCUUCAACAGGAAAUCAAAAUGCAACCCGAGAAGCAGAAAAACCGAAAGCAUCACAAGAGAUGUCUUUCAGUUUUGGGGCAGGGCUUAGAGUUAAAACUGAGGAUUUGGACACAAGGGAAGAUGAUAUAUUUCCAUCAUUUUCCUUCCCUUCUACACCAAUUGAACCUGAUAAUGUGGGAGACCAUAUUUUCUGUGCAACUUUGAUGGAGAAUGAUUUGAUGGAUGGCUAUUCUCCCACAUUUGCAUCUCCAGCAGCAACAUUUGAACCAGACUACUUGCAGGCAGUGUCACCAUGCCAAAUGAGCAGUUUCGGACUUGGCCAUGAUUAUGUGCAGACUUCAGAAUCUGGUCUCAGUGAGAUCAUCUCAGCCCCAACUUCAGUGACCAACUCACCAAUUGGGGAUUUUGGUUUCUCACUUGAUGAUUUGGAUUUUCACCAUUUUGAAAACACAGAAAGUCUUGCUUACGAGUCAUAACUUUCCCUUACCCUUUAGAGAGAGAGAGAGAGAGAGAGAGAGAGAAAAGCAGAGAGAAGGAAAUGAUGCUUGUGAAGAGAGAGUUUUCCUCUGCCUAGGUAUUUAAAUUCUAGAUGUAGUGUGCUAGUUACUGUUUCUAUGUGUGUCUUUAGUUUAUGUUUUCCUCACUUCCAGUCCCAUUGAUUUGUAAAUUCUUUGGUCCAAGAGGAUUAGUUCUGAUGAUUGUAAGAAAUUAAAUUCCAUUCCUGAUCGAAUUAAACUGUUCUAGAUUUUCAAUAUUCUGAAAUCAGUGGUGCUGCUGGUGUUCCUUGAGAUAAUAA